GCUGUUCUAGAGGCUCUAUGGCAGGCUCGUACGCCUAGCAACACACGCUCAUCACUAGCUUCAAUUAUUGCAGCAAUUGACCAGCUUAAGAAGGGGGCAGAGGUAAUGAUACUCUCGGCUGAGCUAAUGCGCGAUCGGAUCACCAGCCUUGAGAGAGCUAAUGCAGCAGCAACGAAGCGUAGGCAGCGUAAAAAAAAGCAAAUACAGAAGCAAGGAGUGCUAACAAAGGGAGCUGGAGAGGAUCUACUUGCUCAGCGUGAGGCUGAUCAGCAGAUUGCUCAUGAAGAGCGUCAAGGAGGAGAGCGAUCAGGUGCUAGUCGCCAGGCUCUUGCGCGCUGUAGU